AUGGCAGACCAAUCUGGCAAGUUGCAUAGAUUUCCAUACCAUCGCCAGUCUCAGUGCUAUCAAGCCGGUGUUAUAAUUGAUGGUUUCCAUGACAACAACAACAACAACAAAAACAACAAUAACAACAUCAACAAUAUGAAGCACAACAUAAGCAUCUGCACCGACCAAGAAAGAUUGACCCCUAUAACGGAGACCACAAGGCACCAGGCAGUUGUUCAACUCGGGACGAAAUCAACCACACAGCCCGAUGUCUCACACUUCCUGGUUCACUUUCAGGCAACAACAACAUCUAAAACUGUGCAAUGCAAUAUCUGA